AUGGACACCUCUGUUGACGACUUCCGACUCGUACCUGAUGGAGCAAAGAAGGUCCCCGCCCUGGACGCUGUGUGCUGUCGAGCUGCUGUCACCGCAGUGGGGGCCGCUGGCAUCAUUGGGGUCUCCCUGGGCAUUCUUCUGGCCCUCCUCUCUACACAGGGAGUAGACGUGGAGCACAUGGCCCAGCUGAGGGGGAUCCGCUAUGCCAGCAGUCUCCAGCUGAAAAGUUCAGACUAUUACCGGACGCUGACGCCCGUCCUCGAAGCCCUGCUACACUUCCUGCUGCACACCCUGGGGACGCUGAGCCUGGGCCUGGAGGAGGCACUGCUGCAGCAGGGGCUGCGCACUGGCCUGGGGGACCACGGCCUCCCCCUGGGCAGCUACGGCUCCAUCGUGUCUGCAGAGCUCAUGGGAAGCCAGACGGGCCUGCUCACAGAAAGAGACUUGAAAUCAGGGCGCUGUCCCGGGAACGCCUUUUCCUGCAAGAACGGCCAGUGUGUGAGCAAGGUGAACCCGGAGUGCGACAACAAAGUAGACUGUAGCGACGGCUCCGACGAGGCCCACUGUGACUGUGGCCUGCAGCCGGCCUGGAGGACUGCUGGGCGCAUUGUGGGCGGCAUGGAGGCAUCCCCGGGCGAGUUCCCGUGGCAGGUCAGCCUCCGGGAGAACCAGGAGCAUUUCUGCGGGGCCACGGUGCUGAGCGCGCGCUGGCUGGUGUCUGCUGCCCACUGCUUCAACGAGUUCCAGGACCCAGCCGAGUGGGUGGCCUACGCAGGCACCACCUUCCUGAGCGGCCGGGAAGCCAGCACCGUGCGGAUCCGCGUCUCCCGCAUCCUCAAGCACCCGCUGUACAACGCGGACACUGCCGACUUCGACGUGGCCGUGCUGAGGCUGGCCAGCCCGCUGCCCUUCGGCCGCCACAUCCAGCCCGCCUGCCUCCCCGCGGCCUCGCACGUCUUCCCACCCGGCAGGAAGUGCCUCAUCUCGGGCUGGGGCUACCUCAAGGAGGACUUCCUGGUCAAACCGGAGGUGCUGCAGAAGGCCAGCGUGGAGCUGCUGGACCAGGCGCUGUGCACCAGCCUCUACGGGCCCUCCCUCACGGACAGGAUGAUGUGCGCGGGUUACCUGGACGGCAAGGUGGACUCCUGCCAGGGCGACUCAGGGGGCCCCCUGGUCUGUGAGGAGCCUUCCGGAAGGUUCUUCCUGGCGGGCAUCGUGAGCUGGGGGAUUGGUUGUGCAGAAGCCCGGCGGCCAGGUGUCUAUGCCCGUGUAACCAAGCUCCGGGACUGGAUCCUGGAGGCCAUCGCUGCAGCCAGCACACCACCAGCCCCCACUGUGGCUCCUGCCCAGGCCACCCCCAGCAGUGCUGGGCCCACCAAGAGUCCCACAGUCAACACCCCUACCCAGAGCAUGCUGACCCCCAGCAUGACACCGUUGGACUCAGCCACAGCCUCCAAGCCACAAGAGUGUGGGGCCAGGCCCGCCCUGGAGAAGCCUACCCGGAUCGUGGGCGGGUUCGCAGCUGCCUCCGGGGAGGUGCCCUGGCAGGCCAGCCUCAAGGAAGGUUCCCGGCACUUCUGUGGAGCCACCGUGGUGGGUGACCGCUGGCUGCUGUCCGCAGCGCACUGCUUCAACCACACAAAGGUGGAGCAGGUGCGGGCCCACCUGGGCACGGCAUCCCUCGUGGGUGUGGGCGGGAGCCCGGUCAAGGUGGGCCUCAGGCGGGCGGUGCUGCACCCACUGUACCACGCCGGGACCCUGGACUUCGACGUGGCCGUCCUUGAGCUGGCCAGGCCCCUGCGCUUCAACAAGUUCGUCCAGCCCGUCUGCCUGCCCCUGGCCAUCCACAAGUUCCCCGUGGGGCGCAAGUGCAUGAUCUCCGGAUGGGGCAACACGCAGGAGGGAAAUGCCACCAAGCCAGACACCCUGCAGAGGGCUUCAGUGGGCAUCAUGGACCAGAAGGCCUGCAGCGUCCUCUACAACUUCUCGCUCACGGACCGUAUGAUCUGCGCGGGCUUCCUGGAAGGCAAGGUGGACUCCUGCCAGGGCGACUCCGGGGGUCCUCUGGCCUGUGAGGAAACCCCUGGUGUGUUCUACUUGGCGGGCAUCGUCAGCUGGGGCAUCGGCUGUGCCCAGGCCAGGAAGCCGGGUGUGUAUGCCCGCAUCACCCAGCUGAAGGGCUGGAUCCUGGACACUAUGUCCUCCGGUCCCCUCCCCACGGUGCCCCCCGCAACUGAGAGGACGCCCACCACCCCUAGCCAGCCCCCGAGAACCACUGCCAGCCGCACAGCCCCUGGAGUCACGACCAGAAGGACCACUCUGCAGUCUUCCAGCAGGGCCACCAGCCAGCCGGUCAUCACCACUGCCGCCAUCCCCAGUGCCACCACGCGGGGACAGACAUCGCUUCCAAACAGCCCUGCUUCUAGCACACAUUCCCAGCCCCCAGACUGUGGCCUGGCGCCGGCGGCAGCGCUGACCAGGAUCGUGGGCGGCAGCGCGGCGGGCCGCGGGGAGUGGCCGUGGCAGGUGAGCCUGUGGCUGCGGCGCCGGGAGCACCGCUGUGGCGCCGUCCUGGUGGCGGAGAGGUGGCUGCUGUCGGCGGCGCACUGCUUCGACGUCUACGGGGACCCCAAGCAGUGGGCAGCCUUCCUGGGCACCCCGUUCCUGAGCGGCGCAGACGGGCAGCUGGAGCGCGUGGCGCGCAUCUACAAACACCCCUUCUACAACCUCUACACGCUCGACUACGACGUGGCGCUGCUGGAGCUGGCGGUGCCCGUGCGCCGCAGCCGCCUGGUGCGGCCCAUCUGCCUGCCCGAUUCCGCGCCCCGGCCGCCCGCCAGCGCGCGCUGUGUCAUCACAGGCUGGGGCUCCGUGCGCGAGGGAGGCGCGAUGGCGCGGCAGCUGCAGAAGGCGGCCGUGCGGCUCCUGAGCGAGCAGACCUGCCGCCGCUUCUACCCGGUACAGAUCAGCAGCCGCAUGCUCUGCGCCGGCUUCCCGCAGGGAGGCGUGGACAGCUGCUCGGGCGACGCUGGGGGUCCCCUGGCUUGCAGGGAGUCCUCGGGCCGGUGGGUGCUAACAGGGGUCACCAGCUGGGGCUAUGGCUGUGGGCGACCACACUUCCCGGGUGUCUACACUCGGGUGUCGGCUGUGAGAGGCUGGAUCACCCAGAACAUUCAGGACUGA